UACUGCUCCAUCACGAGCCACUGGGAACGGGUUGCCCAGGAAACGGCCGCAUGGCAACAGGAUCAGAGCCUGGGGGUUGUCUGCUUCUAGGUCUGCUCCCAUUUUACAUCGCAUUUCCUCACUAGAUGGUGUGCGAGCCACUGGAGAGUACACUUCCCCGCACAGAGGGCUCUGCGUGCAGCAAAACAAACCCGGGAAAACCGAGCGGCGGACCAUUUCUUUACGGGGCUCCGAAGGAAGGAAAAAGUGUGGAAAUUAAGCGUCGUUCAUCUUUUUUUUUUUUUAAAAGCUAACUAUUCCGUUUUUUCUUUUUUUUCUUCUUCAUCCGCACAGGGAGACUUGGGGGGAAAAGCGCCAGCGACAAGAACACACACAUCUGCGAUGGACAUAAUGAUUGCGGUGCAGGAUGCUUGUGUCUCUGGUCAGUGGCUUACUGCCAUCAUUCUCAGCCUGUGCUGCGUUCUGCCGUCAUGUUUGCCCGCUGGACAAACUGUGGACUAUUCCUCGGUGGAAAGUGUGGUCAGCAGACAAGGCGACACGGCUCUACUGAGGUGCUACCUAUUGGAUGGAAUCUCUAAAGGAGCCUGGCUGAACCGCUCCGGCAUCAUAUUCGCAGGGAACGACAAGUGGUCCGUGGACCCACGUGUCUCCAUUGUGUCCAGCGUUGGGGAUAAACACGAGUACAGCCUUCAGAUUCAGAAAGUGGACGUAUCUGACGACGGCCAGUACACGUGCUCCAUUCAGAGUGAGCGCAACCCACGGCCAAAGAUCCUCAACCUGAUUGUAAAAGUUCCUCCCAAGAUAUAUGACAUUUCCUCUGACAUCACGGUAAACGAGGGCAACAACGUGUCGCUCAUCUGUACAGCCAGUGGGAAACCCGAGCCGAGCAUUUCCUGGAGACACAUAACCCCAUUAGCCCGGAAGUACGACAGCGGCGAAUACCUUAACGUUACCGGCAUCACAAGGGACCAGGCCGGAGACUACGAAUGCAGCGCUUUAAAUGACAUCGCCUCUCCUGACACCAAAACAGUCAAAGUCACAGUCAACUUUGCCCCAGCUAUCCAUGAGAUGAAAAGCCAUGGAGUCGGCCUGGGACGCACAGCUCUGCUGAGGUGCGAGGCGGCUGCGGUGCCUUCUCCAACAUUCGAGUGGUACAAGGGUGAAAAGAGGAUUAUCAAGGGCCAAGGCAUCGACAUCAAAAGUCUCAGCUCCAGAUCAGUGCUCACAGUGAACAACAUGACGGAGGAUCGCUACGGGAACUACACGUGUGUCGCCACCAACAAGCUAGGGACGGUUAAUGCCAGUGUGCCUCUCAUCCCAAUUAUUGAACCCACCACCACUAGUGCUGUCUCAAGCCCAGCACCCAACACUGCACCCUAUGGGAGCACAGGAAGCGCGCACGUCCCGCUGGCCUGCCAGUACCUGAUCCUGGCUCUGUCCUCCUUCAUCAGCGUGUACUAGCAGAGGGCCCGGACACAAUGACUGUCGAGAGCAUUUAGGAAUCCUUUUGGACAUUGCUGAAGGCUGGAAUCCAAUCUGGUACAGUUUGUUGAGACGGGGGGGAAAUAAUCAGCGUUACUUGGUGUGGGGAACUUUUCUUCCUUUGAUUUUCUUUGCUCUUUGGAGAAAUUUAUGUUUUGUACAUACUAUGAUGUUUUUUAUUGUUAUUAUAAUUAUUAUUAUUUCUUCUCUUCUUUUCUGAUUGAUGGACCACCUUGUGAAUCAGUGCCCCCCCCCUCCCCUCACUUCCCCCUCAACUCCACCUUCAAUCAUAUCAACCCCCCCCAACUUCCCAAAUGAAUUACUUUCAUGCCUUUCUCUCUUUGUGAGGCGAUGGCGCAAAAUUGACAUUUCCAUCCAUUUUUGUACAUGGCUAAAAAGAAGCAAUUGUGCCAAGCCUCUCAGUACACAGAAUUAACAUACCAAUGUUGUGUUGAAUGUAUUAUGGGUUGUUGAACAAAGGAAAUACAUUUUGAUUCCUAACAAUACAAAUUCAGAUUAUGGAGUGUGCUUAAAAAAUAGAGGGAAAAAAAAAAACUGAAAAAAAAAUCAAAAGAAUAUAAUGGAAGAGUGUUUUCAGGAACUGUAUUGUCAUGAUUACUCAAUAGAUGGAUGAACAGUGUUGAAGGUGUGCUUUGUUGUAUUCUGAAAUGGAUCCAGUUACUAUGCCUGCCUAACAGAUUUGAUCUGGCAGCCGUCAAAGUAGCAAAGUAUACUGUAUUGUACCUUUAUAUUUUAAUAUAGUGUAGGCUUUUGUUUUAAAGUGGGACCAGCUUUUCUCAUUUGACCAAGAAACAUUAACACAGUUCAUGACUUUGUAUAGGACGGAGGGAGGAACAUGGCUGCCCUAUGUUUACAUUCUUCUCCAAAACAUGAAUACUACAGCAUAUAUACACUUCCCGGAGAGUCCACGUUGGUCAAUGUCACAGCACUCUGUUAUAGUGGAGAAGAAAGCGUUUCUCCUAAAGCCGCCGCUCUUUUCACCACGCCACCUCCAGUGGGCGUCUGGGCGGAGCGCUUUGCCUCUGAAUCUGUUGUGAUCGUCAGCUACCUGAAGCCCCUCAGCGCCGCGCCGCUGGCCGCUUAACGAUUCCUGGCUUCGCCUUUCGGCUCGAUCCUUAAAUAGCAGACUGUGGGAAAGCAGCGCUCUGUGGCGCCCUGCUGCAUUCCUCUGCAGUUCAAUACUUAAACCCGUCUUUUACCGUACAUAUAUUCACCUCAUUGCAAGUUAAGAGGAAACCGGAGAGCCCGACGUUCUUUGACAUACAAUUCUGGUUUAAAACUCACCAACAUAUUGGAUGUGAAAAAUAAGGGGGAAAAAAAAUGCUCGCCGUCUAAUUUGAGUCCUACUCGUUUCGAUUAUGAACAACAGAAUGCAGAUGAGGCUUAUGAACAUGCUCAUCUCUGCGCAUACGGUGCUAACAGCUCCCCCCCCCCCCCCCCCCCGAGAUGAAAGUCCUUUUAUAUUCAGAGAGCCGAUCGGUAUCCACAAACUCUGCCAACGUCCAGCAGAGAAUAAAUUAAACCAUGAGGUCGUGUAAUAUGAGAAAAUAUGGCUUUUUGUUCACUGAAAUCAACCAUACGAAGGCUAAAGAAAAAAAGGUUUGCUUUAUGACACGACAUAUUCAUCCUCAAGUAUCUUCAGUCCAUGGUGUAAACGGAUACUGCACUGCAAUGCCUUAAUAGCACCAUACACAUCAAAUGAACCUCUUUUUAGAAGGACACCUCAUGAAGCUCUCAAUAACAUACUGCUUAUUGAACGUGUGUGAGAACCAGUUGCUGAAUAAUCUUUCUAAUUAGGCUACAUACGAAAUUUUCAACUCAUGGCUCCUGCAGGUAUUUUCAAAUAAGCCAGUUGCAUCUGAUGAAAUGCAGUAUUUGUCGUACAGGUGGACAUGUUUUGCAGGGUCUUGUUUGGACUUGGCUGGCGUUAUAUUCCGCCCCGCGAUUGAGGGACUAACAGUUCACGCAGUAUUUUCACACAAACUUGUAACUGCAAACCCAUCGAGAAAUAGCCAUCGCAGUUAAAAGACUUAAAGCACAAACACUGUUAUUACUUUUACAAUUUGUGGUGGAUUUGUUUUAAUGUCUGCUAAACAUUUCUUAUUUUGAAAUUGUUAUCAGCUUGUUUUACAAAUUAUGAAAAUACUGCACCAUAUGAUCUUGUUUAAAUGUUACGGUAUAAUGAAAAUGGGUCAGAAGUAUAUUUAUUCUCUUCCUUUAUGAAAACAAUGUAUAAAAAAUUACAUUUGAAACAUGUAAAACUGGAUAUGUGACAUUAUUUGAAUGAGGUACAGUAUGGCAUAGUUUAUAAUGUUGUCGGGUUCAUUUAGGUGCCAUCACUGUUGUUGAUUUUUUGUCAGACGAGUACAUUAAAAAGAACAAUGUUUGCAAUCAAAUUACCUACUUUUUGAAACAGAGAGUAACAGUAUUAUAGAACAGAUUCAAUGUGUGUAUAUUUGGAGAACAUAGGAUACCUUUUGAUCUUUAGAGCCAGUGUGUAGUCAUAGUUUUCACACACUUGCGUAUUUGACGAUGUGCAGAAAGUAUGGUUGUGCUGCAUGUCGAAGUUAACCUGUGGUUUUAAGGUGGCCAUUUUACCGAUCUUCAUACUUUUUAUGAAUGGAAGCAGUUUUUUUCAAAACAUUUGGGUUCUCAAACCUGGUCUAAAAAUACAUACCUGUUAGAGACGAGCCGGCUGUGUUUGUUUGUGAUUUAUUUGAAUCAACUUUUGUUAAAAAAUCAACCGCUAUUCUGAGUCAUAUUGAUUAUUGUGGCACAUGGUGGAGUUUGUUGGUUGCUUGUCUAAGCAGUCAAGGACAUGCUAGUAUUCAUACUUAUGAUAUGUACUGGAUGUUGAUUAUUUUUGAAUAAUGUUAUUAACAAGACCCUUUUAUUGAAUCACUAUUAUUUGCAAUAAAAGUCUUCAUGUUACAAUAUAAA